UGCUCUUGGUUUUGAACACUGUGGGGUAAAGACUGGAGUAAGGAGCCAUCUUGCAAGGCUUGUGGGCAUCAAAAUGCAGGCUUGGGGCUUUGCAGUGGUCAUCCUGGCCACGCUGAUGGUUGCCACUGUGGAUAACAAGAUAUAUGAACGCUGUGAACUGGCAUCAAGGCUGCAGAAGGCGGGUCUCAACAACUACAAGGGCUACAGCGUUGGAGACUGGCUAUGCAUGGCACACUAUGAGAGUGGCUUUGAUACCUCCUUCGUGGACCAUAAUCCUGAUGGCAGUAGUGAAUAUGGCAUUUUCCAGCUGAAUUCUGCUUGGUGGUGUGACAAUGGUGUUACACCCACCCAGAACCUCUGUCACAUGGAGUGUCGAGACCUGCUUAAUCGCCACAUUCUGGAUGACAUCUUGUGUGCCAAGCAGGUGGUAUCCUCACAGAUUGGUAUGAUGGCCUGGGAUUCUUGGACCCGGCACUGCUCUGGCCAUGAUUUAUCUGAAUGGCUCAAGGGCUGUAAUUUGCAAUUAAAACCGGAAAUAAGCAAAAAUGAUUGAUGACCUAGAUUCCCAGAGAUCAAGGUUUUAUUUUCCAUUCUUUUCUUACUUUUGUGGAUUUUAUAAAAAGGAUGGUAUCUAUAAACAAUGCAAG